AUGCCAAGUCAACAGAGUCAUAACAAGUCCGUGACGGCGUCCAGCACGUACAAGCCGCAUAUUCUCGAUAUGGAUCGAGAAUGGUGGCGAGAGAUCAUCAUCUAUGAGAUCUACGUGCAGUCGUUCCAGGAUAGCAACAAUGAUGGCAUUGGUGAUCUUCGCGGCAUCAUCAAGCGGCUCGACUAUCUGAAAGACCUGGGGGCGGAUAUGCUGUGGUUGACGCCCAUCUAUGAAUCACCUCUUGAAGAUCAAGGCUACGAUAUUGCAAAUUACAAGGCUAUCAAUCCCAUGUAUGGAACCAUGAAAGACUGGGAAGACCUUGCUGCAGAAAUUCAUAAGAGAGGAAUGAAGAUAAUGAUGGACAUGGUGUUCAACCACACCAGCUCUCAGCAUGCAUGGUUCUUGGAGUCGAAGAAAAGCCGAGACAACCCGAAGAGAGACUGGUACUUCUGGCGAAGGGGAAAGACAGGCAAAAACGGAGAGCGCUUACCUCCUAACAAUUGGGAAAGUCUGUUUGGAGGUCCGGCAUGGAAGUAUGAUGAGCAUACGGACGAAUGGUACAUGCAUCUGUUCUCUCCAUCUCAGCCAGACCUGAACUGGGACAACCCUGAGGUGCGGAAUGCAAUCUUCGACGUGAUUGACUUCUGGGGAAGUAAAGGAACGGACGGCUUCCGGUUUGAUGUUAUCAACCUUGUCUCCAAGACACCCGGUCUUCCAGAUGCACCCAUCACGAACCCUGAUAAGCACGAGCAACCUGCCGUGCCAUUAUUCACGAAUGGUCCCAAUAUCCACAUAUACAUGCAUGAGAUGAAUCGCAAGGUUCUGAGCAAAUACACCAAUUGUACAGUUGGUGAGAUGCCCUGUGGUGUGGACGAAUAUGAGUCCAGUCAGUAUGUGGCCAAGGAGCGUCAGGAGCUCUCCAUGGUUUUCCAGUUUCACCAUAUGGAUCUGGAUGGUGAAAAUGGAGACAAAUGGAAGCCUCGCAAGUGGGAGCUGUGGGAAUUCGAGAAGGUGUUCAGGAUUUGGCAGCAGCAUAUGCUGGGCAACAACGGUUGGAAUUCUCUGUAUCUUGAGAAUCAUGACCAAGCCCGGUGUGUGUCACGAUUUGGCAACACUGAUCCGCGGUACAGAGCCGUCUCAGCGAAGAUGUUAGCCACAAUUCAGCUUUCUCUGAGAGGAACCCCUUUCCUCUACCAGGGCCAGGAAUUGGGUACCCCCCAUCCGCAGAACUGGAAGAUUGAAGAUUAUAACGAUGUUGAGACUCAUUCAUACUACCAGGCUCAGUAUAAAGCUCGCAAGGAAAAAGAUCCCUCAAAGGAGCCUGACAUGUCCGACGUGAUGCACGUCAUUCGCCUCAAAGGACGGGACAAUGCGCGUACCCCUAUUAUGUGGGAUAAUUCGCCCAAUGCAGGCUUCACCUCACCAAAUGCCAAACCAUGGCUCCGAAUGAACGAUGAAUAUGCCGAUAUCAACGUCCAGGCUCAGGAGCGUGAUCCCGACUCGGUCCUGAGCUACUACAAGAAGCUGUUGCAUAUUCGCAAACAACAUCCGCUGAUGUGGUACGGAGUCUAUCUCCCCAUCAAUGCGACUGAUCCCAAGGUGUUCUCUUUCCUGCGGACGCAAGGGCCGUGGCGCACCUUGAUCUUCUGCAACUGGUCGGCGGAACCUUCUAAUUAUGAGAUUCCCGAAGAGAUUGACGUUGACCUGGCUAUCUUGCUCAUCUCCAACUACGAAGUGAAGGAAUACGUGCUGCCGCAAAAGCUUCAACUACGACCAUAUGAGGCUCGCAUCUACUCGCUUCGUAACUAA